AUGUCAGGCAUCAGGCUGGCCGGAACAGCUCUUCGUGAGCUUCGGAUUCAUCUCUGCCAAAAAUCUGAGGCCAGCAAAGGUGUACGCGACUUCCUGAACAAGGAAUAUGUUCCAUUGAAGAAGAGCAACACUGAUUUUCCUAUUUUAGUCAGGGAAUGCUCUGGAAUUUUGCCAAAAGUGUGGGCGAGGUAAGGUUUUCUUUAUUUUCUUGUAUUUAGGUAAUACCAGCAGUUUCGUAAGACAAUCUUCCCGUUAUAAUGAAGUUUUAGUAGCUUUUGACUCUUACUAUCGAUAAUAAAGGCAUACGUUGUUUUUUCUAUUGAAAUAAUUGUAUUUUAAACUUAUCAACGUUUUGUUCAGUAUUUUUGAAGUUCAUAACGUUUUCAAUCAAAAGACAUGUAACCUUUUGACCCAGAGCUUCGACAGUUAAUUUUUAAGGUAUUUUUGACUAAUUUUACGUAUUUUCAGGUACGAAUUUGGAGUUGAACGAGUUGUAGAACUGGAGAACCAGUCGGCCGACCAGGUCAAGAGUGUCAUCAGUGAGUUGGCCGCUACUCGAUGA